AUGCGCCCGAGUCUUGGUCUCUUUCGGAUCAUCCUCCUUCAGCUGGUCUUUGGCAACGACAUGAUCAGAGCUGCAGCCAUGAAAGCCACCGCAGACACUGCAUUUUGCCUGUCCGGUCUCAGUGCCGGAGGCGCAGGCCAUAUCCUCGUCGGCCAGAGUAUCACCGUCCGGCCUGACGCCGGCGCGCACGACAUGGGCACCCCUCGCGAGGCCUGGGGUCUCAAGUCCGGUCUCUACACCCCCCGUCAACUGGUCGAAGGGUUUGCACCGCUGUUGGAUACGGUAGUUUUCCGUCUGGGUGCAGAUCCGCCGAACGCAAGACCGGCACGGGCCCAACUGCUCGACAACCUGGCCGCCAAUCUCGACACCAACACCCGGGAGGCCACUCUGCACUUCCCUGACAUCAAUCUCGAUGACUCCCGCCAAGAAAUCGCUGAGCAGGCGAGACGUAUUGGACGGACGCUCGUGCAAUACGCACGCGACUACACGGGCGGCCCGUUUAAUCCUGACCUCUACCUCCGCAGCCCCUGUGAGGGCCAUCUCCUCACCCCGCCGAAUGUCGACCUCAUGUUCGGCCGUCGCAGCCAGUCGCAUCUGAUGCAACUGUUCAACGAGUACAUGCAUCAGAUGGUCCUUCUGCGGGAUGCCCUGCUGCCAUUCAAGAACUACGAGGACGUGAUCAUCCCCGUCGACGGCCGCGCCGCUCGAGGCAUCCGCCGUCUCGAGCCAUCGCGCGCAGAGUUCCUCACCCACCUUUUGACCAAGGGGGUUACCCAGUCGGCAAUCAUCAAACACGCCCAGGCUCUCCUCGCCCCGGGUCUUCUCUCUGGUUCCAGCCUGACGGCCCCAAAGGCCAGCCCCGGCUACGGCUUCCAGUAUGCCCACGGCCUGGUCCUGCCCGCUUUCCUGAGCGGCGGACCGACUCCGUUCCAUCUUCUCCAGUAUAUCCCCGCCAAGCUGGUCGACGACCCCCCAGAAGACAUCGUCUUCGACUACCGCAUUCAGGACUACUAUGUUGCGCCUCGCAUCGAGAUCCCUGCCGGUACCGAGAAAUCUCCGGCGGUCCAGUCCGCGGGAUACCCCGAGGCCAACGGCUGGGGCACACCAACCCUUGGCGUACAAAGCGCCAGCAUCGGAAUCGUUCCACCGACGGCCGACUCGACCUCGUCGUCGAAGACGGUCCGGCAGCUGGAAUUGCAACUGCAGCUCGAGAACGGCAAAUGCGUCUCCGUCGAUCUGGGACAGGUCGCGCGUGGCCAUCGCUACGCCUAUCAGGCAUCCAGAGCCAGUGACUCCGCGACAUCAGCCAACGGUAAGCACAGCGCGACGACCACCGUGUUCCACGACGCGGCAUCCGUCCUGGAGAUAGGGGAAGCAAACGGCCUCGUGACAGCGGAAAAUGGCGGUCUCCAUGUGAUUCCCGUGCAAGACCCGGUCGUUGCUCUGGCGCUUCUGGGGAAGAUCUACCCGGGGAACGUGGUACUUCUGCCGGAGUCGGAGGGCUUAGCGCAGGCUGAGAAAGCUGGGAAAGGACUGGGGCCAAAGUUUGUCCUUUGGGGCGCUGUGGAGCGUGGUGGUUUACGGGGAAAGUUUUAG